AUGGACGUAAAUACUUUCCUAAUUUUCUAUUGGUAUUAUCGGCGUCGGCAGCGAAAUAGAAGAUUCUGGGUUCAUCCUAUUCUGACACAACGCUCGAAUUUGGGUAUUUUUCGGAAUCUUAUGAGCGAUUUGAGAAGAGAUGAGUCAAAAUUUUUCAAUUAUUUUAGAAUGAGUAUGACCACAUUUGACGAUCUUUUAAAAAGGGUGAAUGAAGAUUUAAAAAAACAUGAUACAAAUAUGAGAAAAAGCAUCACACCUGAAGAAAAGUUAGCAAUAUGUUUAAGGUACUUGGCAUCUGGGUGUUCGUACAUGGAUUUGCAUUACGCAUAUCGAGUGGGAGUCUCAACAAUCAACUCAAUAAUAGUAGAAGUAACAAACGUCAUAUGGAAUAAUUUGCAUCAGGAGUUUAUGAAAUUGCCCGACACAAAAUAUGAGUGGGAACAAAUUGCUGACGCAUUUUAUAAUAAAGCUAACUUUCCUCACUGCAUUGGUGCAGUUGAUGGGAAGCACAUAAGAAUGAAGAAACCAAGUCACAGCGGUUCUAUGUACAUGAAUUACAAGAUUUUUUUUUCCAUUGUAUUGCUAGCGGUAGUGGAUUCGAAUUAUAGAUUCACCUAUAUCAGCGUAGGCUCUUAUGGCAAAGAAUGCGACUCCUCUAUAUUCAAAGAAUCUACUUUCUGGAAAAGAUUAAAUGAUGGCAGUUUAGAUUUACCAGAAGCUCGUCCUCUCUUUACAGGUUUGGAAUCACGUGUUCCAUUUGUGAUAGUGGGUGAUGAAGCAUUUGGUUUGCAUUAUAAUCUGUUGAGACCCUAUGGAGGAACUCAUUUAGAUAAAAAUAAAAGGAUAUUUAACUAUCGAUUAACAAGAGCCAGACGUUAUGUGGAGUGCGCGUUUGGAAUAUUGGCAAAUAAAUGGCGAAUAUUUCAUCGUCCAUUGGACGUAAGCACCAGUACAGCUAUCUCGAUAGUUAAAACUUGCGCCGUGCUUCAUAACUAUAUCAUGCAUAAUGAAAGUUCAUAUGCGAACAUUGACAGCAACGAUUCAACGAUAUCUUUGGAAAACGUACGUAAUGAGCCAAAUACACGAGGUGGACGCUGUGCUAACACAAUACGAACAGAGUUCACAAAUUAUUUUGUUUCUGAAGUGGGAGCUGUACCUUGGCAAGACGAAGCAAUACAAGGAUAAACGAAAUAAAUAUAAAAACUUACCAUAGCUUUGUCUUU